UCCCCGCAGAUGUCCAGCAACCGCCCGGUGGAAAUCGUCGAGGAUCCCCGGGUCGUCGGGAUCUGGACCAAAAACAAGGAGCUGGAGCUGUCGGUGCCCAAAUUCAAAAUCGAUGAGUUCUACGUGGGCCCGGUGCCUCCUAAGCAGGUGACAUUUGCCAAGCUGAAUGAUAACAUCCGCGAAAACUUCCUGAGGGACAUGUGCAAGAAGUAUGGGGAGGUGGAGGAGGUGGAGAUUCUGUACAACCCCAAGACCAAGAAGCACCUGGGCAUCGCCAAGGUGGUCUUUGCCACCGUCCGGGGAGCCAAGGAGGCCGUGCAGCAUUUGCACAGCACUUCGGUCAUGGGCAACAUCAUCCACGUGGAGCUGGACACCAAAGGGGAAACCCGCAUGCGGUUCUACGAGCUGUUGGUCACGGGCCGGUACACCCCCCAGACCCUGCCGGUGGGCGAGCUGGAUGCCGUCUCUCCAAUCGUGAAUGAGACCCUGCAGGUGGGUUUAUCACCAUCACGCCUCAAGGAUGGUGGCCUGUCUGCAGGCUGUGGCUCCGGCUCCUCUUCUGUCACCCCCAAUAGUGGUGGAACACCCUUCUCCCAGGACACUGCUUACUCUAGCUGCCGCCUGGACACGCCCAACUCCUACGGACAAGGCACCCCGCUCACGCCGCGCCUGGGCACCCCCUUCUCGCAGGACUCCAGCUACUCCAGCCGCCAGCCCACACCCUCCUACCUCUUCAGCCAGGACCCCACCGCCACCUUCAAGGCCCGGCGCCAUGAGAGCAAGUUCACGGAUGCCUACAACCGCCGGCACGAGCAUCACUACGUCCACAAUUCUCCCGCAGUCACCGCGGUGGCCGGGGCCCCGGCCACCUUCCGGGGCUCCUCGGACCUUCCCUUUGGGGCAGUUGGCAGCGGUGGGGGCAGCAGCGGCGCCCCCUUCAAGGCCCAGCCACAGGAUUCGGCCACGUUCGCCCACACUCCACCGCCCGCCCAAGCCACCCCUGCUGCUGGAUUCAAGUCGGCUUUCUCUCCGUACCAGACCCCUGCGCCUCCCUUCCCCCCGCCUCCCGAGGAGCCCACCGCCACCGCCACCUUUGGGGGCCGUGACAGCGGGGAGUUCCGGAGGGCCCCGGCCCCCCCACCCCUGCCGCCCGCCGAGCCCCUGGCCAAGGAGAAGCCGGGCACGCCGCCCGGCCCCUCCGCCUCCUCCCAGCUCUCCCCGCUGGGCCCGUUCGGCACCAGCUCCCAGCCCGGCUUCCGCGGCCCCUCGCCCCCGUCCUCGCGCCCCUCCAGCACCGGCCUGGAGGACAUCAGCCCCACGCCGCUGCCGGACUCAGACGAGGACGACGAGCUUGACCUGGGCCUGGGGCCGCGGCCUCCGCCCGAGCCGGGCCCGCCGGACCCUGCCGGUCUUCUGGGCCAGACGGCUGAGACGGCCUUGGACCUGGCUGGCGACAGGACCCCGACCUCAGAGAAGAUGGAUGAGGGCCAGCAGUCCUCAGGCGAGGACAUGGAGAUCUCGGAUGACGAGAUGCCCUCAGCCCCCAUCACCAGCGCCGACUGCCCCAAGCCCAUGGUGCCCGGCGUCCCGCCCCCGCCCAUCCUGCCGCCGCUGCCGCCCUUCCCGCCGGGGCUGUUUCCCGUGAUGCAGGUGGACAUGAGCCACGUGCUGGGUGGCCAGUGGGGCGGCAUGCCCAUGUCCUUCCAGAUGCAGACUCAGAUGCUGAGCCGGCUGAUGACCGGCCAGGGCGCUUGCCCCUAUCCGCCUUUCAUGGCUGCCGCCGCCGGGCUGCAGUUCGUCAACCUGCCGCCCUACCGGGGCCCCUUCUCCCUGAGCAACGCCGGCCCAGGCCGCGGGCAGCACUGGCCGCCGCUGCCCAAGUUUGAUCCGUCAGUGCCGCCCCCAGGCUACGUGCCUCGCCAGGAAGACCCGCACAAGGCCACGGUGGAUGGCGUCCUGCUGGUGGUGCUCAAAGAGCUCAAGGCCAUCAUGAAGCGCGACCUGAACCGCAAGAUGGUGGAGGUGGUGGCUUUCCGGGCCUUCGACGAGUGGUGGGACAAGAAGGAGCGGAUGGCCAAGGCCUCGCUGACUCCCGUGAAGUCGGGUGAGCACAAGGACGAGGACAGGCCAAAGCCCAAGGACCGGAUUGCCUCUUGCCUGUUGGAGUCCUGGGGCAAGGGCGAGGGCCUGGGCUACGAGGGCCUGGGCCUGGGCAUCGGGCUGCGUGGGGCCAUUCGCCUGCCCUCCUUCAAGGUCAAGAGGAAGGAGCCGCCAGACGCAGCCGCGUCCGGAGACCAGAAGCGGCUGCGGCCCUCGACCUCUGUGGAUGAGGAAGAUGAAGAGUCCGAGCGGGAGCGGGACCGCGACUUGGCGGACCCCCCCUGCGAGCUUGCCAAGCGGGACCCCAAGGGCGUGGGUGUGCGGCGGCGGCCGGCGCGGCCCCUGGAGCUGGACAGCGGCGGAGAGGAGGACGAGAAGGAGUCCUUGUCUGUGUCCUCAUCCUCGUCGGCCUCCUCGUCGUCGGGGUCCUCGACCACCUCACCCUCAUCCUCGGCCUCCGACAAGGAGGAGGAGCAGGAGAGCGCCGAGGAGGAAGAGGAGGAGGAGGAAGCGGAGGAGGAGGAAGAGGAGGAAGAAGGCCCCAGGAGCCCGAUCUCCUCCUCCUCGACCUCAUCCACAUCAGAUAAGGAUGACGAGGACAGCGACGACCGGGACGCGUCUGAGGACGAGGAGGAAGACACAGCCCUGUCGGAGGCGAGUGAGAAGGAAGAAGGGGACUCAGACGGAGAGGAGACGGUCAGUGUCGCCACCUCCAAGGCUGAAGCCGCGUCGUCCGGCGAAAGUUCCGAGUCUUCUGAGUUUGAGUCAAGCUCCGAGUCCUCCUCAUCGUCCUCGGAGGAUGAAGAGGAGGUGGUGGCAGGGGAAGAGGAGGAAGAGGAGGAGGAGGUGAUGGUGGCUGAGGAGAGCGUGGCUCCCGCAGGCCCUGAGGACUUUGAGGAGGACAGGAAGGCGGCGUCUCUGGCCACAGGGGCACCUGUGAUGGACUCACUGGGCCUAGAAGAGGAGCUGGACGUCGAAGCUGAGGCCGAGGCCCCCAAGGAGCGGACCCCCACGCUGGAGGAGCCCCCCCUGCCUGUGGGUGUUGAGGAGCCGGGGGGCUCCAAGGAGCCCUCCAAGGAGCCCCCCGAGGAGCCAGGCCUGAGCCAGGAAGGGGACAUGUUGCUGUCGCCGGAGCCCCCUGUCACAGAGGUGGAGGCCCGACCCCCGUCAUCCCCUGAGCGAGCUCCAGAGGAUGACCUGGAAGUGGAACCCGAGCCGCCCCCGAUGCUCACCUUGCCUCUGCAGCCACCGCUGCCGCCACCCCGGCCGCUGCGGCCACCCAGCCCGCCACCGGAGCCGGAGGCCACCGAGCCCCCACGCCCGUCCGUCCCUCUGGAGCCUCCCCCCGAGGACCAGCCCCCACGCACGCCGGGCCUCUGUGGCAGCCUGGCCAAGUCGCAGAGCACGGAGACGGUGCCAGCCACGCCGGGCGGGGAGCCCCCACUGUCGGGGGGCAGCAGCGGCCUGUCGCUGAGCUCCCCGCAGGUGCCCGGCAGCCCCUUCUCCUACCCGGCCCAGUCCCCCAGCCUGAGCACCGGGGGCCUCCCGCGGACACCGGGCCGGGACUUCAGCUUCACGCCCCCCUUCCCCGAGCCUGGCGGGCCCCUGCUGCUGCCCGUCUGCCCACUCCCCACCGGCCGCCGCGACGAGCGCUCCGGGCCCCUGGCCUCCCCGGUGCUCCUGGAGACGGGGCUGCCCCUCCCACUGCCCCUGCCUCUCCCCCUGCCCUUGGCACUGCCCGUGCCCGUCCUGCGGGCCCAGACGCGGGCUCCCACUCAGCUGCCACCCCUGCUGCCCGCCUCCCUGGCCCCUUGCCCACCCCCCAUCAAGAGGAAGCCGGGCCGGCCCCGGCGCUCCCCGCCCUCCGUGCUCUCCUUGGACGGGCCCCUGGUCCGGCCACCCCCGGGGGCCACCCUGGGAAGGGACCUCCUUGUGGAGCCCACCAAGCUGCCCUUCAAGGAGCUGGACAACCAGUGGCCCUCGGAGGCCAUCCCUCCGGGCCCCCGCGGGCGCGACGAGGUCACCGAGGAGUACAUGGAGCUGGCCAAGGUGCGGGGGCCAUGGCGCCGGCCGCCCAAGAAGCGCCACGAAGACCUGGUGGCCCCUUCGGCCUCGCCCGAGCUCUCGCCACCCCAGCCCCUCUUCCGGCCCCGCUCGGAGUUUGAGGAAAUGACCAUCCUGUAUGACAUCUGGAACGGUGGCAUCGACGAGGAGGACAUCCGCUUCCUGUGUGUCACCUACGAGCGGCUGCUGCAGCAGGACAACGGCAUGGACUGGCUCAACGACACGCUCUGGGUCUACCAUCCCUCCACCAGCCUCUCCUCAGCCAAGAAGAAGAAACGUGACGACGGCAUCCGUGAGCAUGUGACAGGCUGCGCCCGCAGCGAAGGCUUUUACACCAUCGACAAGAAGGACAAGCUCAGAUACCUCAACAGCAGCCGUGCCAGCACCGAUGAGCCCCCUGCUGACACCCAGGGCAUGAGCAUCCCAGCGCAGCCUCACGCCUCCACCCGUGCGGGCUCAGAGCGGCGGUCAGAGCAGCGCCGCCUGCUGUCCUCCUUCACUGGCAGCUGUGACAGCGACCUGCUCAAGUUCAACCAGCUCAAGUUCCGGAAGAAGAAGCUGAAGUUUUGCAAGAGCCACAUCCACGACUGGGGCCUGUUCGCCAUGGAGCCCAUCGCAGCCGACGAGAUGGUCAUCGAGUACGUGGGCCAGAACAUCCGCCAGGUGAUCGCGGACAUGCGGGAAAAGCGCUACGAGGAUGAGGGCAUCGGCAGUAGCUACAUGUUCCGGGUGGACCACGACACCAUCAUCGACGCCACCAAGUGCGGCAACUUUGCGCGUUUCAUCAACCACAGCUGCAAC